GGUGUCACUCAUACCGUGACGCCUGAAGCAAGCCCUUCAGCCCGUCUGUGUCGACGACAGUCGUCGGAUGGAACCCGGAGUGCGCCGAUUCGCAUCAAGCGGCGGGAGCUAGCUCAGACAUGGGAAGUGAGCACUAUUGCCUAAGGUGGAACAAUCAUCAGAGCAACCUGCUGGGAGUAUUCAGCCAGUUGCUGCACGACGAAAGUUUGGUAGACGUCACACUUGCUUGUGCCGAAGGUGCAUCCAUCAGAGCGCACAAGGUAGUUCUAUCUGCGUGUUCUUCGUACUUCCGUUCGCUGUUCGUGGAUCAUCCUUCACGUCACCCUAUCGUGAUUCUAAAAGACGUCGGCUUAGAAGAGCUACGUACUCUCGUCGACUUCAUGUACAAAGGCGAGGUCAACGUCCAGUACUGUCAGCUGCCUGCGCUCCUCAGAACUGCUGAAAGCCUUCAGGUCAAAGGAUUAGCUGAAAUGACGACUUUAAACGCAGCCGGUAUCGAAACAAGAAGUGUUUCGGAGCAAAGAGAGCAGGGCCAAAGCCAAGACGCUAGAGAAGGCCCAGAAAAUCACGAACGUCUUGAAGGCAAAGAGGUUCGUGAUAGAGAUGACAGACGAGAACCAAAAGAUUUACGAGAUAGAGAUAACAAAGAUCUCCGAGAUAGUCAUUUACGAGACUGUCGAGAAUCCCGAGAGCAACGAGAACAUAGGGAACAAAGGGAAUCUCGCGAUCUUAGGGAAAUAAGGGACUUACGCGAAAUGCGCGAGUUAAGGGACUCUCGAGAACACAGAGAUCUUAGAGAAUCUAGAGAUAUUCGAGACCCUCGGGAUCUUCGAGACGUUAGAGAUUCCAGAGAGAUAAGAGAUGUUCGUGAUCAAAGAGAUACGACAGAGUCGUCACCAUCACGAAUAUCCCCUUUAUUGACUGUACGUCGAUUUAGAACAGAAACUUCGACAGAGACACAAUCGUUAGUGCACCCGCCGUUGCCUAAAGAUGAACCACCUGACGAGCCAAUGCCAUCUUCAUCUCCAGAGGAUGAUUCAGCAUCUUUAAGGUCAAAUGGAGCCCAGAAUGAAAGUAUGGGUAUUAAUAUGACAAUAAAUAGUCACAAUACUGGUGUGCUGAGUACUCGCUAUUCUCCAGUUGAGCGAAUGAGUGUACUCAAUGCUAUACCCCACCCUGGACUGCCACAUCCCUCUCUUCCAUCACUUUCAAGCCCUAGAAGUGAGCCUAUUCCGGGACCUUCUGGACUACCUCCAGUUCAACAAGCUCCUUUGUCCUUGAAGAAAGAAUUGGUUGAUUGGGAUAGAAAUAAUGAAGACAGAGGUGGUGAAACUUCAGCAGACUACAGGCUUCAACAUGAACCGGAGUACGAUGGGUCCGGUAGGGGGCGUGUUGAUGAAGGGGACCGGGGUUACGUUUGUAUUCACUGCGGUGCGGCCUUCCCUCAUCAGAGCAAACUUACCAGGCACAUAUUGACGACUCACACACUUGACACUCUCAAGUAUCGAGAUGCAAUGCUGGGAAGACCCUUAGGCAUACCUAUGAUAGGACAAUAUAGCGAACCCACUUAUAUGAACAUACACCCGGAAGAAGCUCCGAUAGAUUUGGACAUCGGCCCAGUAGAGCCUGGAAAUGUGGUGCUGUGCAAAUUUUGCGGGAAAAGCUUUCCAGACGUGUCGUCUUUGAUAGCACAUUUACCAGUACACACUGGCGAUCGGCCAUUUAAGUGUGAAUUUUGCGGCAAAGCCUUUAAACUUAGGCACCAUAUGAAGGAUCACUGUAGAGUCCAUACAGGAGAACGACCAUUUCGUUGUGGAUUAUGUGGAAAAACAUUUUCACGUUCAACCAUACUGAAGGCACAUGAAAAGACACAUUAUCCUAAAUACGCACGUAAAUUUUUAUCACCCAGCCCCGUAGAUACGGAAGAGGAGAGUCCACAUCAAUGAGCACGCGACCGAAAUAGUGCACAAUUAGCCUUCGAUCACAUUUUAGUCAAUAAAACGUUCAUCAAUUGAGAAUGGUGGGCGAAGUUUUAUAGUCGAGUGAACAAACAGAGGACAAUGUGUUUUAAUUAGUUAAGAAUAAAAAUGAACGCCGCAACUGUGAUCUGAAUGAUAUGAAUAAUAUUUGAUAUUUCACUAGUAGAUAAAUAGCGCAAGUUGUUAAUUUUUAGGUAUAUUUUUUAAAUCACUGUUUCAGUUCGAUUAUUUUAUCGAUAAUAUGUUUUCAAUUAUAUAGGUGCUGUCUUUGUUUAUGCUUGUGAGGAAUCAUUUAUGGUGAGGUCAUUAGACGGCAUAGCCAAAGCUAGUUAGAGAAGUGAAACUUCGUUAAUUUUUAUAUUGGGAAAGGAAUAAAUCGCCCAUUUUUGUCAUGUUUUUUCAGUUGUUUUGUUUACUUUUUAAAAUAAUUUGCUAUUUCAAAUUAAAAAUAAAAUAAAAAAAAUAUUAAUACGAAUGGACCCGAAAAUAUCAAAUUAAUUUGAAAUUAUGACCAUUAGAGUAACGAGACUUUUUUUAGAUUUCGUUCUUUGUAAAAUAAGGAAGGAUUGUUUUAAACGUGAUUCGACAACUUUAUUAAAAAAAAAGGCAUACAUACAUAUAUACGUGCACUUCGUAGUAUGCAAUUAUAAAAAUAUAGGGAUUUGAGGUUUUUUAUUUAUAAUUUUAUGUCUAAUGAAAGUACUGACGCACGCUCCCCUGACGUAACUCGAAAGCAAUAUUACGACAUAUAAUAAAAUAUGUAAAUAAAAUAUAGUUUGAUAAUAUUGAAUUUUUAGAAAAUUAAUUAGAGUAAAAUAAAUGCUUCAGUAGCUCUAUAUUUGGUAAAUAUGGGGAGAUUUCUGGAUGUGAUCAUGGGAAUCAAAGCUUUAAACCCUUCAUUUCUGUCCGUUUGUUACGUCUCGGCCCUCCUAUACGAACAUAAAAACUAUAACACAUAAAUAAAAAAUAAUUAUUGUGACACAAUUAAUCUAUCGGGAGAGGCGUAGCAUUAUAAAGCAUACAUAUAUAUAUAUAUAUUGAAUUUUUCCAUAUACUAUUUUCAUACUACAAAUCCACAUUUUAUUGUUAAUAGAGAAUAAUAAAAACAGUGCCUAUUUUAAUUUCUAAUAAUAUUUUAUGUGGGAUUUUUUAUUCAUUUUAACUAUAAGACACUGGAUGUUUAAAAUAAUAAUAAUACAUAAAUACAGAAACUAUUUAAAUUUCAGAUUUUAUCAUAAUUUCAACAAAGGAAUAGAAUGUGCAUUGUUUUUAAAAUUCUCACAAUAAUACUGUGUUCAGUAAAUUCAACAGAGUCGUAUACAGGGAUAUUUUAUGGAUGUUAAAGUUAUUAUUUUACAGUAAAUUCUUUCAAUUUAAACUGCCUUCUAUGAACAUGAUUGUUGUUAAUUUAAUGUUCACAAAAUGUUAUCGAUCAUAUUGUCUAUAUAGCUACGCGAAAAACUAAAGCUUUGAUUUGGUGUUGAUUGAAUUGUCAGUUUACGUUAGUCUCUAAGAUUGAAUAAUAAUAAAAAUUUGAUGUCUUCUCGGUACUCACAAGCUGAUUCAUUCUUAUCUCAUUAAAAAUAAUAAAAUUCGUUUCGUAUAUUUUGAUCUUUAACAUAUCAUAUUAUGAAAUAUCAUUGAAAUUUAGAAGUGCUCUUACCUACGUCUUAAAUUUUUUCUUACUUAAUCUGUUCAAUUCAAAUGUAGGCGUUUUAAUAAAAAUUUAAUAAUAUUUAGGAAUUAAGUGAUAGAUCAUUGAGAUCUUACCAAAAGAAAGUAUUAUAAAUUUAGGAAAAGAUCUGUGAUAUUUAAAAAGUAAUGACGCAACAUCUGGGAGUGUAAAGUAUCGAUCUCAGAUAGAUUUUACUAUUAGGCAUUUUAAACUAUUUUCGAAAUCAAAAAUAUAUGUUGGUUUUAGAAACAGACGCCGUAAACGGUUAGGUUGUCACAGCGUUACUCUUUAGAUCUCACUAUUUUAAGUUUAGUGAUUAGGGUCUUUUGUGUAUGAAGUAAAAUUGUUUGGCUGUUUUUUUUUUUCUUUUUCUUUUUCUUUGUAUCAAACGCCUUACAUUCCAAAAUUAUUCCAAUUUCAUUUUGAAUAUGUAGGUUAUCAACUCCACCGAUAGAUACUUUUUUUAGUGAUAAUUAUUUAUGGAUUUCCUAUUUUUUUAAAUAAUUCUGUCGGCCGUGAGUACCAUUAGGCGUCAAAAUAUAUCGUUGAAUUUGUUUAUUGAUUUCCGCUGGAAUGUUGUGAGGGAAUUAAGGGACAGAAAUAAUAAAAUAAAAACUCUGUUUUAUAGUUAAUUAUUUAUGUAACGCGAUUAUUCCAUCAUCGUUUAAAAGUAUUGAAUACAUUAAAACUGGGCGUAGUGUAAACCUCAAACAUUAGUUUUUAUUUGUGCAUAAAAUUGUCAUUUUCAAUAUCACCGUAAGUGUGAUAAUUUAUCAAUUUACCUUAUUAUAACUUUUAUCCUAUAAUUGAUUAAUCGGUUCAUGUGGAUUUCAAACAGCAGCAGCAAUGUAUCGUCUUAUUAAAAUAUUUAAAUGCAACUGACAACAUUCCACGAAUUUGGUAUUGAAAUUCACCGUAAUAUUGAUGAAUUGGAGAUUACAUUUCCAUGUCCUAGGAACAGCGUGAAGUAACUUUGAAUACCUACCAGAGCUAUUGUUUUAUUAUAAGAAAGAAAUAAUGUUUGUAUGCUUAUAGUAUAUAUAUAUAAAGGAAAAAGUAAACACAAAGAAAUUUAAAUACGUCGGUCUAUAGUGUAAAAUCACGCAAAAUGAAACUGCAAGUUAGGUGAUAGAUUCGUAGAAGCGUUAAUUCCCGGAGCUAGUAUUUGAAUUUGAGGAAAAACGGAAAAAAAAGUAAAAAAAAAAAUGUUUCUAUUUGAAAAGCUGCACUGUCUUUAAGUUUUCUUUACCGAACAUUACCAAACGUUAAGCAAUACAGAUACUUUAUUAAUGUUCCUCUUCUUGUUUUAAGAAAGAUAAAGUAUUUACAAUAACCAUUAGCAAUAAAUAAAUUUUAUAGUGAAGCGAAUUAACAUUUUUAUAAAGUUUAAUUAAAAGUAGUUUUUUAUAAUAGUACAGAAUGUUGAUUGUAAUGCUAUUUUAUUUUCCGAUUUUCUCAGAGAUACUAUUUAUUGAUGAUAAUGAUAUUGAUAUAGGAUAAUAUACAUAUAGUUCUUAGGUAGAGCGCAUUAUUAGUGCCGGUGUACAACAUAUCCCUAAGUGCAGUUAUUCAAAUUUUAACAUCAACAGGCUGUUCACGUCCCUGCAGAUUACACAAGCAGUUAGAAUAAAAUAUAUGUAGACACAUAGAUUAAUAAUUAUUAAUUAUCUAAGUUUCGAUUUUGAGUAAGUAUUUUUUUUAGAAAUACAUACUAAACAUCGCAACAUGGAACACUAGCACGAAAUAUUUCAUGUUUGAAAUAGUUUAAAUACGUAGAUUCAUUUUUAUAUAUAUAAAAUUGUGACCACGGUUUUAUAUUUAGAGUGCCUCUUGCCUAUAUAAGACUUACGUAAAGGCUGCAAUUCACGGAAUAUAGAGUACAUAGUGGAUAGAUAGGUGGUCCCGUAUUUUAUGGUUAAAAUUGUAAGUUUGGUUAUGGUAUGUGAUUGGCGCAAUUUAUUCUAUUCAAAUUUAAUUAUCAAGAAUAUAUUAUAUCAUCCAUACGUCGUAUUUGAAGAAUUUCUAAAUGAGAUUAAUUUUUAACUGUCAAUUAUGAACCUAAUUUUUUUUUCCGAAUAUCGACUUCCCUUUCGUCGUUUAUCAUUAAAGUUGUUUUAAGUGGCAUAACUAAAUAUAGAACUUAAAUUGCAAUUUUUUCUAAGUUCCUGUAGGUAUAUUAAUUACUUUAAAAUGGUACAAUUUGUUUUAUAUUAAUAAGUUAUUUAGGUUAAACUUUUCGUGACGGAUUUUGUACUGGUAUAUAGUACGCAAUGGGCGAGUAGAUCUCAAACAUUGUGUUUCUGUGGCUUCGUAAAUAAAAAUACAAGCUCAGUAUACAUUGUGCUCGUACAAAAUACUUUUAGCACAAGUUCAAAUAAUGUAGGUCCACUUUUAUUUAUGGAGCUCUUCGUAACUUGAAAAUGAUUAUUAAUUCCCAUAAGCUGUUUUAUUUAACAUUCAUUGUUGAUAUUUUAGUGUAAUGUAAUAUGUUUGCCUUAAAGUAAUUAGUAGAUCAUCAAAUAACAGUGAGUGUAUUUUUGUUAAAUGUCAUGAGAGAAAUGAGAUUUAGACGGUGUAUAGUCAAUUGUACAACAUUCAUGAAACCCUCUUGCUGUUGAUCAUUGUAACUUUUGAAACAAAUAUAAGCAUAUCAUAGCUGUAAUAAUACAAUUUUGACAAAUAAAAGCUCUACAAUCA